UUGUAGAGGUCCCUUGUGUCUUGAACACAAAUAGCGAAAUUAAGCCAAACGUUGUUUUUUGACAACCUAACCAACAUCUUCGCCUGUUAGUGUGGAGAGUGAUGUCACGCUCUCAGAUGUUUUUCUUAUUUGCCGCAUUCUGCUCGGCUCAUCCUGAACUGAUCUUGGGUCAGAACUGUUCAGAAAACUGCAAUGCAUGUGGAGGACCAGAAAAAGAUCAAUGUCUGCAGUGUCACACAGGAUUCAGCCUACACAACAACAUAUGUGUGGAUAUUGAUGAAUGUGGCACUGAACAGGAUCAGUGUCCCUACAACACAUACUGCUUGAACAGUCAUGGGUCUUACCAGUGCAGAGCCUGCGACAAGGCUUGUAUAGGUUGUAUGGGUGGAGGACCUGCCCGCUGUCGAAAAUGUGCUCCUGGAUACAGAUCCUCAGGAAUGAAAUGUAUAGAUAUAGAUGAAUGCAGUGAAGAGGGGUUGGCCUGUUCUGGUCCCAAUGUCUUCUGUGUAAAUACAGAUGGCUCAUUUCACUGUCAGUGUGCAGAAGGUUUUACACGCAAAGGCAGCAGCUGUGAGAGAGACCUGUCAGCAGCUGGUGAACUCAAAGGUCUUUUUGAUGACAUUCAGGAUGAUGAAAUUGCGGUCCUACAGCAGAUGUUUUUCGGUGUGGUGUUGUGUGCAUUGGCCACAUUAGCAGCAAAAGGAGAUCUGGUGUUCACCUCCAUUUUUAUGGGGGCAUUGGCUGCCAUGGCUGGAUACUGGCUGUCUGAUAAGAGCGACCGAGUGAUGGACGCCCUCAUGAAGGGGAGAUAAAAACUAAAACUCAUGAACAUUCAUCUUAUUUAGUCCCACUUGUUAUUUAGCAUGGCAAAGAUAAAAACAGUUCAAAGAGAGAUGUGAUGUGAUAACAUAUUCUCCACCUGCUAUACAAUUGUAUAAAUAUACAGAGCAGUACACAAACUGCAAAAAAUUAUUUUCAAGA